CACUCAUCGCUCGUCAGAUCAUAUCAUAGCAUGGUCAUCAUUUCCCCUUUGCCCUUGUCCUUUCGUCUGGAAAUAGUACGCAGAGCUUUUCAAUAUGACUGGAUCACAAAGGCGUAUGCCACGUACCCUGGCGAGAUCCGAGGAUCUAUUUUCAAGAGGAGGAGAAACAGGGAGGGUAGAGGGUAUCAAGCGGCAAUGAUUGCCUCGCGCGAUGAUCGGGGUGGUUGCCUACUGAGCAUCUGUCAUGUUGUCGCAGGCGCGUUCACUACACUGUGUCAAGUGAAGAAUGCAUUUUGAUUUCGCGACUCUCGCCCGUUCCUCUCUCAAUGUCGUUGAUCCUGUUCCAGGCCAGGGAAACUCAGGCAUGCGGUUUGCGGAUUGGGUAUCUGCUUGUGUUAUUCGUCACGAUUAAGGAAAUGGAGGAAGC